AUGGCUUCAAACGAUCACAUACAUGCCGACGAGCCACAGCUCUCGGAGCUCUCACAAACGGUAACGAGGACAUCAAUGUUACCGGAGCUGGAGAUCAUUGCUUCCCAUUCUGGGUCGGAGACAACAACACUCCAAGGCUCUACUGCGGAUGAAUGUGAACACCAUGAAGAGAACAAUGCAGUACAGCAACGAUAUGCCAAUCCGUCAUCAUAUCGAUUCCGUCGUUUGGCGUCCAAAACCAUUGUAUCGUUCGGACCUGAUGAUCCUGAGAAUCCACAUAACUGGAGCAAUGGCAAGAAAAUCUUCGUCGUCAUCUCCGGCAUGAUGCAAGUCCUCAACAGCACAAUCGGCUCUUCCAUCCCCAGCGGAGCCACCAAAUACAUCGCUGCCGAUUUCAACGUCACCGACAAAACAAAGCUCGUCCUUCCCAUUUCGUUGUUUCUGGUUGGCUACGUCCUUGGUCCGCUCCUGUACGGGCCUUUGUCUGAACAAUACGGCCGUCGAACACCCUUGCUUAUUGGUUAUGGGCUGUUUAAUAUCUUCGUCAUGGCAUGCGCCUUGGCACCUACGUUUAAUGCCUUGUUGGUAUUCAGACUGUUGAAUGGUAUGGCCGCAAGUGCGCCAAUUGCGAUUAUCACGGGCACGUUCUCGGAUGUCUUUGAUAACCCGACUGUGAGAGGGAGGACGAUGGCUUGGUACAUGUCUUGCACCGCCGUCGGCCCAAUCAUCUCACCUUUCAUGUCAGGUUUCAUCUCAACCGUUAGCUGGCGCUGGUCCUUCUGGCUCGCUCUGAUCAUCGCCGGCGCCUCGUUCCCACUCGUCAUUUUCUAUCCAGAAACCUAUGGCCCAGUCUUACUCAAGCGUCGUGCUCGCAAACUGCGCAAAGAAACAGGAAAUAAGAGCAUCGUUGCGCCGAUGGAUCUCACGCCUCAUGAUCUCCGGGCUGUGUUGACCGUCACAUUGACGAGACCCAUUCGGAUGAUUGCGCAGGAGUUGAUGGUGUCUUUGACUUGUUUGUAUUGUGCUUUGGCAUAUGCGAUUUUCUAUUUGUAUUUCCAGGCAUAUCCGUUGAUUUUUGAGGGAAUCUAUGGCAUGAGCACCGGCAUCGCAGGUCUAACCUACCUACCAAUCGCACUCGGCUGCUUUCUCGCCUGCGGAAUCUUCAUCUGGUAUGACGGCUUCCUCGCCCGCGCCAAAGCGCGCGGCGCCUCUUGGGCUCAAAACGAAGACUAUCGCCGCUUGCCACUGGCCUGCGUCGGCGGUCCGCUCUACGUCGUUUCUCUCUUCUGGCUCGGCUGGACUGCAUCUCCGGACAUUCAUUGGGCCGUACCCAUGUCUUCUGGCGUCAUAUUCGGCCUAGCAUAUGAAUUGAUUUUCAUGGCCAUGCUGAAUUAUUUGUCCGACGCAUACCAACAAUUCGCCGCAAGCGCGCAGUCAGCGUCUAGUUGCUGCCGGAGUAUUUUUGGUGCUGUGUUACCGCUUGCUGCGCAGCCCAUGUUCUCUGCUGUCGGGAUCGAUUGGGGAUGUAGUAUCAUCGCGUUUGCUAGCUUGGGGGUUUCAGUUAUCCCGUUUGCGUUUAUCUAUUUUGGAGAGAGUAUUAGGAGAGGAAGUAAGUUGCAGCAGCAUUUGCAGGCGCUGAGGGAAGAGGAGUUGAGGGUUUGGGCGGCGGAAGCGCUGGAGGGACAGCAACAGGGGGUUGAGGUGGAUGUGGAGAAGAGGGUGCAUGCGAGUGUUGAUUCUGUUUGA